CGGCGGAGGGAGGGACGGAGGGAGGAAGGGAGCCCCCGGUGCGGCCCUGCUCCGCCUCUACCCUGCUUUCCGGGAGCGGCCCGCACAGCAGCGCCGGGGCCGGGAGCAGGGCCGGGCGGGGGAGGCGGCCCUCGCCGCGCCGCGACCAUGGAGCCCGACCAGCUGCGCCUUUCCGCGGCCGCACAUGGCCAUGGAGGCUAUGAUUCUGAUUUUAGUGAUGAGGAGAGUGGAGAGAAGUCUCUGCAAAAGACUAAAAGAACACAGGAAGAUGCCCUUCUCAUAAAGCCAUUCCAAAAAGUGAAACAAGGCGGUGUGGUUCACAGACAAUUUGCAGCUGAAGAAUGUGAUAGGGAAGAGGCAAGAAAAAGAAGAUUUCACUUGAUAUCGAUGGAUGCUUAUGAAAGACAUAAGAAGUUUGUGCAUGACUACAUUUUAUACUAUGGUGGCAAAAUAGAGGAUUUCCGAAGAUCUGGAGCAAAUGACAAGACGGAUCUUGAUGUUAUUAGAGAAAACCAUAGAUUCCUGUGGAAUGAAGAAGAUGAAGCAGACAUGAAUUGGGAGAAGAGGCUUGCAAAGAAGUAUUACGACAAAUUGUUCAAAGAAUACUGUAUAGCAGAUCUCAGCAGAUACAAAGAGAAUAAGUUUGGAUUUAGAUGGCGACAUGAGAAAGAAGUAAUUUCAGGAAAAGGUCAGUUUUCCUGUGGAAAUAAACACUGUGAUGAGAAUGAAGGCCUGAAGAGCUGGGAGGUGAAUUUUGGUUACAUUGAACACGGUGAAAAGAGGAAUGCACUUGUAAAAUUGAGACUAUGUCCAGAAUGUUCCCACAAACUAAACUUCCAUCACCGGAGGAAAGAAGUCAAAAUAUGCAAGAAAAGAGGCACAUCUGCACAGAACUCUAAGGAGCCAAAAAAAAAGAAGACAAAAUUGUCUCGUUCAGCAAAAAAGAAGUCCAAAAAAAAGACCCAUAAAGAUCAGGUUUCUUCAGACGAUUCAGAUAAUUCUGAUAAAGAUUCAGAUGACAGCAAUGCUGAAGAUGGUCCUUCAGAAGCUGACUCUUGGAAAGGUCCCCUACGAGAAGCAGAUGAAAAAUCACGGGAAGAGGAGUUUCAUGAGUAUUUUCAAGAUUUAUUUCUCUAAAACUUGCAAUUGAUGUAGGCUGAUUUUCUUCAUGAGUUGUCAAGAUGGAAGUCUGGAAAUCCAGUCAUAAUUUUCCAGAGACCCCUUUUCUACAG